AUGAAAGCAACACUUUUGCUUAUUGCAAUUGAAAUAUAUGUUGCGCUCGGAAAUGUCGAUCAGGUGUACUGGAAGUAUCGUUUACUCGGUUACCAUUAUGCGAUGAUGGCUGAAAGAAGAAACGGUGUGACGUUCGCAGAAGCUCGUGCGCAUUGUCAACGAUAUGGCUCAGAACUGGCUUCUAUACACAAUAAAGCCACUUUUGAUUUCGUAAGAGCUGGUACGAGGAAUGUGGUCACCUUGAUCACCUUGACUCCCGUUGAUCUUCGAACUGGUCGAGCAGGAGCCAGUAAUUCUUCCAUUUGUCCCGAUCGCGUGCCAGAGUAA